UAUACAUUAUAAACAAAACAAUUUAAAAACAUUUGAUUUUAAAUUCUCUUAAAAAGUUAUGCAUUCAACAGUCUAUGUUUAACUUCGAAACCUUAAUAAUGUUAAACAAAUAUUUCUUAAUUUUAAUUAUCCUUCUGUAUUACCUAGCGGGAGUUCUUGUCGAAAAGGGUGUUAUACUAAAAGAUCUCAAGUGUCGUCUAAUGGAUGAGGAAUUUUUCAUUUUAGAUAAAUGUGAUUACAUAACAAACACCCACAAUAUCGAGGAGUUUCAUUUAGUUUUAAAACUUUUUCCCCAACGUCCCAUAACCAAUUGUCUGCUGCAAUUACAAUUUCAACUUAAAACCUUUACAGUACCUUUGAAAUUCAACGGCACCUAUGAUGUUUGUAAAUUUAUGAAAGAACAGCAGAAAAAUCGUGUCUUAAAACGUUUCUAUGAUAUCUAUAAACGUUAUAUGAAUGCAAAUCAUUCUUGUCCCUAUGAUCAUGAUGUUUAUUUUAAAAGUUCUAAGCAAAUACCUUUUGCUGAUAAUAUACCCUGGCCUAGUGGUGAAUAUUUAUUUCAGUCAUUAUGGAUUAUAGAUAAAAGGAUUCGCUUUAUUUUAGCUGGUAUUAUAGAGUUUUAUAAUGAUAAUAGUAAUUCCUCAAAAAGGAAAUAUUUUAACAGAAAUUAAAGUCAAUAAAGUAAA